AUGACAGGAACUGGCGCCCGAUCUGUCUUUGUCAUGAUUGGACGAAACGGCUUCCGCGUCGGCUACGAAGACUCCGUGUCGGCGGCAGGCGCGCGCCUGGCCACCGGGCCGGAGUCGACCCUGGGGGGAGCCGGGCGUCUGGCCGAGAUGUCCCUUCGCGUCCUCUUGGCGUUGGGCACAAUUGAGAAAACGGCGCUGGUGGGAAGGACUUGGGUUGGGACGGCCGAGGUGGUGGUGCUGCUAGAGGCCGAUGUGCUUGAAGUUGAGGUGCUUGUAGUUGUUGUCGCAGCCGAGGUAGUAGCGCUGCUGGAGGUCGAAGUGCUGCUCGAGGUGGAUGAGCUGGUAGUCUCCGGCGCGGACGAGGUGGUGGCGCUGCUCGAGGUCAAAGUGCUGCUCGAGGUGGAUGAGCUGGUGGUCUCCGGCGCGGCCGAGGUGGUGGAGCUUGACGAUGUAAGCGAAGCAUUAUCGGUCGACUCGACAACAGUGGAGCUGGAAGUUGUAGACGAAGUGGCAGCUGGUGUCACAGAAGUAUCGGUGGACUCAGUAACCGUAGAACUGGAAGCUGUAGUUGAUGUCUCGGUCGACGUCACCGCGGUCGAGCUUUCAGAAGAGGACGACGUGGUUUCCGAGGUGGUAGGAACCACGGUGCUACUAUUCUCUACAGUAACAGCUGAUGUGGUCGAGGUUGGUGCAUCAGUCGAUUCGACACUGCUAGAGGUGGAAACCGUAGAUGUUUCAGUUGACGACGCCGCAGUUGAGCUUUCAGAAGCGGAUGACGUAGUCUCCGAGCUAGUAGUGACUGUGCUGCUACUGUUCUCUACGGUGCUUGUUGAAGUGGCAGUUGGUGUGACAGACGUCUCGGUGGACUCGGUAACAGUAGAGCUGGGAACCGCAGUUGAUGUUUCAGUUGAUGUGACCGCAGUGGAGCUUUCAGAAGAAGACGACGUGGUUCCCGAGGUGGUGGGAACCACGGUGCUGGUAUCCUCUACAGUUACAGUUGGUGCGGUCGAGGUCGAAGCCUCAGUCGACUGCGAGCUUGUGGUCACAUCUGUGCUGGUGCUGGAGGUUGUGCUAUCGCUGCUGCUGGUUGUCGCCGACGUAGUAGAGCUGGAGGUUUCCAGGGUAGAAGUUGGGAUGCCCGACGAGGAGCUUGUCUCAAUGGUCGAGGCUGACGAGGUCUCAGUCGAGCUGGGGGUUGCACUGCCAGAUGUGGAAGUCUGGGCGGUAACUGUGUCUGUAGUGAGUGUUGUGGAAUCCGAGGUGAUAGUUGUGGUGCUGCUGGCAAGGGAGGACGUCAAUGUUGAGGAAGACAUAUCGGUAGUGCUGACUGAAGUGGCGCUUGAAGUGGAUGAGGAAGACGCCGAUGAAGAGGUUUCGGUACUGGUGGUGGAAGAAGAGCUUUCAACGGACGAGGACGAAGUCGAUGAGGACGAAGUCGACGAGGACGUGGUAGUGGUGUCGGUAGAAGAGCUUUGGACAGAAGAGGCAGAGGUUGUCGAAGAAGUUUCGGUCGAGCUUGAGGCGGAGCUGAUGGAGGCAGACGUGGUGCUGCUCGCGACAGACGACGUGGUGGUCGAAGAUGCUGUGGUCGAAGACGAGGUCGUUGCGUGA